AUGGCUACCACUCCUCCCCCUCUCCCUCCUCCCAUUGACGCCUCCUCCGUCGACAAGCUUCAGCUUGCCGCGGACCGCUCGGCGAUGAAUUGGCAUUCCUUCGUCAGGAGCAUCCGCCAUGUUCUCCAAGAUGCAUUCGUCGGACCCUACUGCGUCAUCGACGUCCUCCUCCGCCGCCCGCAAGCCCUCCAGCCCACGGCACCCAAUCACCCCGGCGAACCCCCUCCACCCCCCAUUCCUCCUGGUCCUCCUCCUACUGAACCCACCUUGGAGAUCGCCACUACCCCAGCGCUCCAGGAUGCAGCCGAUGCCGCAUUCCUCCACGAUCGCCGUGAAUACCUCAUCCGCAAGGCGGAGCAUGAGGUUGCGGUACAUAACCACGACUUCGCGCUAGCGGAACGCGCCAAUCGCCUGGCGCUCCUUGAUGAAUACAAUACGGCCAUGGCGGACUACCUCCCUCGGAGCAUCGCGUGGGCCACUGCUGAUAACCGCGCCUGCACCAUCCUCCUCGGCGCACUCCCUGGUACCCUCAUGCGCCGUUUCCAAGCUUGCGAGAUGCGCGCCUCCCUCAUCUGGGCCAAGCUCCAGGCGAUGUUCGAGCGUCGCGACAUCAGCUCUGUCGGCGCCCUGUUCCAGGAGUACUUCUCCAUCACCCUCGCCACUUGUGAUGGCGCAGUUGACUACGUGGGGCGCAUGCAGGAGGUCGCUGAUUGCCUUGCGGCACGCCAAGCUGCCCUCCCUGAGCCUCUGCAAAUCCACCGCCUCCUCUACAACCUCACCCCGGACUACGAGUCCCGCCUCCAUGCCUUCACUGAGGCCAACCCCAUGGCCGGCCUCGACGAUGUGGUCCAGUGGAUCAUUGACACGGAGGUCAAGCUUCGUACCCCCGUUGUCAACCUUACCACCCCUCAGUCCUCCUCCUCCACCUCCCUCAACGCUACGCAGCCGCGCAACCAGGGUGGUCGCAGCGGCGGCGGUGGAGGCCGUGGUGGUGGCGGUGGUGGUGGAGGCCGUGGUGGUGGCGGUGGUGGUAGUGGUGGCCGUGGUGGCCGUGGUGCCGGUGGAGGUGGUGCUGGCAGCGCCCCUGCUGGAGGACCUUUCGGUUCUGGUGGUGCUGUGACUCGAGGUGGACGCCCUGGCACUCUUCCCCCAUGCCCAUAUGUGCGCCGCCAUGGUCCCCAUGCUGGUACCCCUUGUGGCCAGACCAACCAUCCCCCCACGACGUGCUUUAAGGCACUCGAUGACGCCUGGUUUGAUCGAGGCAACACUGGCACCCCUCCUCGCUGGAACUCGAUCGCACCUCGCCCCUCCUUAGUGGAUAUUCAAACCCUCCCCUCUUUCCUCCCUGCUCACCUCCGCAUGUUUCCUUGGUAA